CCGCGCAUCUCUUUAAAGCUGAGCAACGCAUUUCACUCUUCUUGAUCCCCUCAGAUUGAAUUAGGAUUUUUUCAAGACAAUCUUACGAUGUCAAAUCCGUACAGACGAACAAUCGAUCCGGCGACGCGACCCCCAUCAACUGCACCAGAUAUUCCGGUAGUCCGAGCCUCGAAAUCCGAUUCAUCCAAAGCUUCAAAACGACGUCGAGUGUCCUUCUCUACCAGCGCGUUCCGCGAUGUACCCAAAACCACGCUCGAUCCAUCGCAUGCGCUUGCACGCGAUCGGCAGGAAACGAACAUCGAACCUCCGCAGCCCAGGAUGUGCGAAAGUUGCGAAGGGCAGAAGUCACCUGUCUGGAAUUGCUCAUAUUGUGACACGAACUACUGUGAUGACUGUUGGGACAAACAAGGGCCACACAGGGCGGGCAAAACUGGCCCCGACGGUCUACCGCACGAGAAGGCCAAUCCCACCAUUGUUAAAAGGUUACAUACUUAUCUUUCUAAAGAUAUAGUACCAUAGGCAUUAGGUGCCGUCAGGCGUCGGGUGUCUGUGCACGGUAGGCGUUUAUUCGUUGUGGCUGAGGGGCUGGGCGCCUUGCAUAUGCACGUAUCAAUGUGGAGGCUUAGCCCUC